GAGCAAAUAACACACACGAGAACAACCAGAAAAAUCAAGUGUCAUAUCAAUAGGAAAAGCAAGCAGCGCAGAUAAAAGAAAUUUUAGCCCCAAUUAUAAUAAAAAUUUCUUAUCCAAUAAUUUGCAAAAAAGUAUAUAAAUUAAAAGAAGUUUGUAAGUGUGAACUGGGACGUUUUAGAUAAAGUAAAAAAGCGAAGAAAGUCUUUAAAAACUGCUCGAAAAACGUAAGCAAGGGCGAGCACGUUCCAGUAGAGCCGUAUUGAAGUUUCGCUUUUUUACCGACGACGAAGUUUGAGUCGACGACGUCCCUCCCAGAAAAAGUGAUUUCUGAGGAAAACGAAGAAGUUUUGAAAGCCCAAAGACUUGGUUUCCACUUGAUAUAGCCAAGAAAAACUUGGGUGAAUAUUUUGGUCGAAAGUAACCAAGAUAGCGGUAGAAUUGUUGAGUAGCGCAAAAGAGCACUACAUAUUUGUCGAAGUCGGGUGCAGCGGCGCAACGAAGAAAAAAAAUUGGACGAAAAAACUUUGCAUUGAUGGUAAUGCAUGCUAGAAAACCACAACGUGUGAACGAUGGCUACUUCGAGAAGCAUCAGUCGCAUUCGUAUCAGCGAACCAUCUCAGCAUACAAUUUUGAAAGCUCUCCUUCGUUGUAGUCACUAACAAAACAUACCAAGCACUUACAACCCAUAACCGAGGAUAACAUAACUAAGUUAAAAACUAAUGAAAAAAUAGCUGAAAGUUUUCGCGUCGAAAACGCCAAAAAAAAUGUCUAAAACAAGCAAUGCAAGCAAUUGUAAGUUAGUAACAUCUACAAAUCCUACAACAUAACAAACCGACAAAUAACCUCUCACAUUGUGUGUUCCAUCUACUCAAGGCAACUCAUUUCGCUUCGCGUUAGUCAAGUAAAACAUUAACAAAAGAAAAAAAAUAAUAAUAAGAAAAUAAGAAAAUUAAAAAAAAAACAUGAUUUAAAUAAUACUACACCAAUACUUAAACACAAAUCGUUAACAUCAUUUCAAAGUGCACCUACAAAAGCUUGAAAAAAAUUGUACUUAGAAAGAAAUUCCAACGCAUCUGCAUUGUUGCAUCAACGCUUAGAAAAAUUAAAAAAAAAAACACGAGUGUGAGUGCGUGCACAAAACACUAUCAACUUAGUGUCUGCUCAGCGAGACGCUUCCUGCGAUUCGUGAAGCGUUCUAUUUAGUACACUCGCGCGAUUCCACUGUUUAUGACUACCACAAAUAGUAUCGCAAUAGACUUACCAUUGGCACCCGGCUGUAACAAAAGUGCUGCUGUCGGUCUGUGUCGCAUAGAUGAUAGUUCCAAGUACAAUUCAAAGCGUGAUUAUGAACGCGAUCGGUCAUCCAACUAUCGCGAUCGCGAUCUGUCACCAUCUGGUGGUGGUCCAUUGAACAAUGUUUCGCAAAGAUUAUCGCAAACUACUAUGAAUAAUGGUAACAGCGCUUCGUAUCGUUCACAAUCGCCUGAAAUAGAUUCGCCAUCGUCAAGGGGACACGGUUCGCACGAUAUACGCGAUCGUGAUCAUCGCGGUAGUGAUCGUUUCAGUUAUAUGCAAAAAAUGAGGGAUCGAGAUCGCGAUGUGUAUAAAAAGGAGAAAUAUUCAACAGAUAAACGCGAUAGACGAGGCGGUGGCAGUGGUGGUGGCAACGAUCGUGAUUCUGAAUCACAUCGCACCAAUCAUGAUAGGCUGGAUCGACGUGGAGGUGGAAGCGGCGGAGCAAAGCUUUGUUCUUCCAGUGGUGGUGACAAACGGUCUGGUUCGACAGAUCGUGAACGAGAUCGUGAUCGUGAUCGUGGUGAUUUAAGAGACAGCAAACGUGAUCGUGGUUCUGAACGUGAUCGUGAUAGAGAACGCGAUCGCGAUAGGGAUCGUGAUAGAGAUCGCAGUGAUCGCGGUGGAGGUAGUAGCGGCGGCGAUCGUGAACGCGAUCGCGGCGGUGGUGGUGGGGGAAGUGGUGGCGGCGGUGAGCGUAGUGAUCGCGGCGAACGUGUAGCACGUUGUGGCGAUUGGAGUGAGCAUGUCAGUUCAUCGGGAAAGAUGUAUUAUUACAAUUGCAAAACUGAAGUUUCACAGUGGGAAAAACCAAAGGAAUGGAUUGAGCGAGAACGAACUCUGGCACGUGAUCAACAUAGAGAAAAAGAUUACCGGGACAAAGAUCGCGAUAGAGAUCGUGAAGAUCGUUUCUGCAGAUCAGCUUACGCGAAACAUUCCAGUUCUCGGGGAAAUUCACGACUGAGGUGGAAUUAUGAAAAUGAUGCUGGACCUCCAAGUCACCGAAGACGUUUGGAUGGUCGCAUAGGCGAAAACCCUGACAUGGACAUUAGUCCAGGCGACUCGACGCCAACAUCGGAGGCUAGCUACCCGAUUACCGGUGCGCCUUCUGUUCAUGGUCUGGUUAAUGCACAGCACAAUGACCUAUCAUCAAUUCCAACAUCCACUGUUGGCCUGCCGAAUGCAUUACCACGUCUAGCAUCGCAUCCCAACGCCAGUACUGUUAUGCCAUCCUCCUCCUCCGCAUCCGCUUCUGCUGCAGCGGCCAAUGCAGCUGCUGCAUCAAUGCAUUUCUCCGCAUCAUCCGCGUCAGGGCAUGGCUCGGGCGUUGUGGUGGGCGGGGCAACAAUGCUGCCCGCCACCGGACUCGCCUCCGUGCCCUCUAAUGCGGGCCUACCAGUGAUGGUUGCUGGUGUUAUGCAAACACAAAAUAAUAGUAAUCAUCGAAAAAUGGAUCCAGUGGCAAUGAUGCAACAGCAAGCGCAUCUAGUAUCGGCAUCAUCGCCCAACGUGGAUCAUCACUUGAACUCGAAUGCACCCGGUCCGCCGAAAAUGGGUUCAAAAGAGCAACAAGAAAUGAUGUUGAAUUCGCAGCAGAAGGCAGCGUUGUUGAUGCGACAGCAGCAUCAACAGGCGGCGUUGCAUCACCACCAUCAAAUGGCACAACAUGGUAUGGGUGGCAACGAGGCGUUGCAUAUGAUGGCCAAUGCCGGUACUUCCAUUGAUGGCAACAACCACGCGAUGAAUGCGACCUCAUCAGCGGUGAUAGUUCUAAGGGAUAAUUCAGUGAACUCGCCACACUACAAUCUAGCCCAUUCACACGGCAUGUCGCCGAUGGGCUACACAAAAAGUCCUAUAACAAGUGUUGGUGGUAGCGGUGGUGUUGUUCCUGUAUCUGGGCACAAUAACAAUGUGGGCAGUUGCGGCGGCGUAAAUGCUGGCGCAUAUGCUGCUUGUAACGCACCAUACGGUUUAAAGACUGUCGAGGGCAGCAGUGGCAUGAAUUCGAUUGGCAGCAGCAACAACAGUGGCCUCUGUUCCUCAUCUAGUUUAGCGAAUGUCAGCAUAAAUGCUGGCGGUAGUGGAGUUAUUGGUAUUCUGCCUGGUGAGGGACCACCGACGCCAACGCAAGAAAUGGACCUAAAUGUUGCUGCUAUGGAACAACAACAGCGGAAGUUGGAAAACACAUCGUCCGCGUCGUUGAGCACGCUGCAAGGUUGUGUGGCGUCAUCUGUACAGGCCGGCCGUUCACAGGGUCCAGAAAUUUCACCGAAAUUAGCAAAGUAUUUUAGGGCUGAUUUAAUUACACAUGUCACCAAUUGGCAAGCUGAUAUACUGGAAAAACAGGCGCAAAAGUGUUCUGAAGAGACGCAUUUGUAUGGCGAUUUACAAUGUACGAAAGUAUCGGCAGAGUUAAAAUGUGCUAGAAGCUUAGUUAGAAUAACUGAAAUCACAGCAACACUACAAGAACAAAAGAUUAUGUAUCUUCGCCAGCAGAUUCGUCGAAUAGAAGAAUCAAAAUCGCAAAACUCAUUUAUGUCUGAUGACCUUUAGCCAAUAUCAAAUUUGUAUUAAAAAAAAGAGGAAUUAUUGCUAAAAAAAUCUACAUAACCACAUUUAUAUGGAGAAAUUAUUAUCCAUAUGCCCAUAAACUCCCAUGCAACACACAAUAAAUAAAAACAAGAAUCCAUAGCAAUUGGCAACUCUACACUAAUAUUUACAACUACUAGCAAUAAUGAAAAUACAAUAAUAAAAAAAAAACAGAUCGCUAGUGUAGACGACAGGCAGAAAGAAGCGGCGAGUUGCAGCAGCAUCAGCAGCAGCUGUGUAUGGGAGAACCAAGCGUGCGGUUAACAGUUGAAACAGCUUAGAAUAAAUAAAAGAUUAAAAUACUUUGAAGUAACGGCAACAACAAUAGAGGAUGCAAACAAGAUAGAAAGGAUAAAAUAUUAAAUAAAUGAUGAAAAAAAAAUAAUACAAAAGGAAAAAAAUCUACACAAAAAGUAAUGAAUAAUUAUAGUAAUAUUAUAACUAGUAAUUAUAACUAAAUAUUUAAUGAUAAAUAAAAAAAUAGAACUAAAAAAAUUAGAAUACAAGUCCAUUUAAAUAAAAAAGAACUUCAAACAUAUUGCAAAGAAAAUGGAAGAACGAUCAAGCCACUACUGCAAUACUUUAAGUGUACUUGAGCUUUUGUUGCAUGUCAGCUGUAGGAAAAGCUUCUUGGCGCUGAUUUGAAAAAUCACCGCAUGAUAAGCUAUGUGACAUUACUCAUCACUUGAGUUCGACAUGUUUGAGCUGCAGCACGCAUGGUAAUGGCAGCAGCAGCAGAGCGAAGGAGGACGCUAAUCAAAUUAAACAGUUGCGUCCUCAUGUCGGCAAAGGCGAUGGCAAUUUGUUUUUAUGUGAACACAAAUAUUU